CUUGCAAAGCUCAAUUUCGUACUGAAUCCAGAAUCCUACAUCUACAUCCUCAUCACCAAAUUGAUUCGAGAACUCCUACCAAGAUGUCCAACUUCCCAACCCUAAUCCCCGCCUUCACGACCCAGGUAACAUUACCCCACCUUCCACCAGUUACACAACCAUGAAUCCAUUUCCCCGUAACCACCUCAUCUACCAUAGCCCCAUAACCCCAUCUCCCAAAUCCUCAACCCCUAUACCCAAUACCAAGAACCCCAAACCCCUCAUGUUCUCUCCAAAAGAAAGAAGAAAUCUAACAAACCCCCAGAUCGUAAUGGACCCCAGCUUCAGCGUCGGCUCCGUAUCCAAAGGCGCCCCCUUAACCAUCGUCCCCUUCGGCACCACCCAAGGCGCAGGCUUCAUCCGCUCCGAACCCGAUUACCCCAUCAAAGUAGACGCCGUCUUCGAGCACGGAUCGGAUUUCAUCCGUCAGGAUCCUUCGGGGAAGCAUCUUGUAUGUCCCUUUCUCUUUCGCGUUCUCUUUCUUCAAAUGUAUUAUAUUGUAGUAUUGCAAUUGUUCCGGAGAAGACUAUUUGUGGAUGAUAAGUCUCAAGGAGACGGACGAGUUCGGUAUUAGAAUUACUGACAUGAUCUUUUUUUCCAUUCAGCGUCUCGACGUCAACAGUAUCGCCAAAGACAAGAGUGGUGCGAUGAUCAGCUACAAAUAUACUGGAAUCGUCACAAUCACACCUGAAAUCGGUGCCGUCUUGACAGGCUCCCCGGAUGCGAAAACCACCUCCUUUGGCAGCAUCGGUAAGUGUCACAAAAACCCUCAUGUAUCACAAGCACACUUGGAAAUUCUAACGUGGUACUUUCUCACAGCGGCUCACGUCCUCUUUGAGACUGGCAGUGCGGAGUUGAAAGCCCUCGAGCACAAAGUCUACGUAGGCAGUGGUCAUUUCAUCAUCGAGGAAGGAAAGAAGAAUGUCGUCGAGUACAAAAUCAGUGAAGUCUUACCUUGA